GCGGGCAGACCGGCGGCGGGCAGGCGGACAGACAGGCAGGCGGGCGGGCAGGAGGCGCCGCUCUUCCCGGGAGCCGCCCGCCCAGCGCCGCCCCCGGCCCGCGCCCCGCGCCCUCCGCCCCCGGCCGCCCGGCUGGCUGGCUGCUGCUCGACGGCGGCGGCCGUGCGCGGGCGCUCUGCAUUUCCGGGCCCCGGAGCGCUUAUAAUGGGGCCGCUGUCCGCGGGAGCCGCCGCGCCGCCUCCUCCCGCCGCUGCCGCCGCCGCUGCUCGGCCCGGCGCUGCGCGCUCCUGUGCGAGGGCGGCCGGCAUGGCCCCGCGCCCGGCCCCGCGCUGCUAGACGCUCGGACCCGGAGCCGCAGCGGAGCCGGAGCGGAGCCGAGCAGAGCGGAGCGCGGAGCGCAGCAGCCGCCGCCCAGGCCCCGCGCCGGGCACCUUCCCCGGGACCAUGGUGAAAUUCCCGGCGCUCACGCACUACUGGCCCCUCAUCCGCUUCCUGGUGCCCCUGGGCAUCACCAACAUCGCCAUCGACUUCGGGGAGCAGGCCUUGAACCGGGGCAUCGCGGCGGUGAAAGAGGAUGCGGUGGAGAUGCUGGCGAGCUACGGGCUGGCCUACUCCCUCAUGAAGUUCUUCACGGGCCCCAUGAGUGACUUCAAGAACGUGGGCCUGGUCUUUGUCAACAGCAAGCGCGACAGAACCAAGGCCGUGCUGUGCAUGGUGGUGGCGGGCGCCAUCGCCGCCAUCUUCCACACCCUGAUAGCAUACAGCGACCUGGGUUACUACAUUAUCAACAAGCUCCACCACGUGGAUGAGUCCGUGGGCAGCAAAACCAGACGGGCCUUCCUCUACCUCGCGGCCUUCCCCUUCAUGGACGCCAUGGCCUGGACCCACGCGGGCAUCCUGCUGAAGCACAAGUACAGCUUCCUGGUCGGCUGCGCCUCCAUCUCUGACGUCAUAGCUCAGGUGGUGUUUGUCGCCAUCCUGCUGCACAGUCACCUGGAGUGCCGGGAGCCUCUGCUCAUCCCCAUCCUGUCGCUCUACAUGGGUGCCCUCGUGCGCUGCACCACUCUCUGCCUGGGCUACUACAAGAACAUCCACGACAUCAUCCCCGACCGCAGCGGGCCCGAGCUGGGGGGAGAUGCCACCAUCCGAAAGAUGCUGAGCUUCUGGUGGCCCCUGGCUCUCAUCUUGGCCACACAGAGAAUCAGCCGGCCAAUUGUCAACCUCUUUGUCUCCCGGGACCUUGGUGGCAGUUCGGCAGCUACAGAGGCAGUGGCCAUCCUGACGGCCACAUACCCUGUGGGCCACAUGCCCUAUGGCUGGCUGACAGAAAUACGGGCCGUCUACCCCGCGUUUGACAAGAACAACCCCAGCAACAAGGCGGUGAGUUCCAGCAACACAGUGACCGCAGCCCACAUCAAGAAGUUCACGUUCGUGUGCAUGGCCUUGUCGCUCACGCUGUGCUUCGUGAUGUUCUGGACGCCCAACGUGUCCGAGAAGAUCCUGAUUGACAUCAUCGGGGUGGACUUUGCCUUCGCCGAGCUCUGCGUGGUGCCCCUGAGAAUCUUCUCCUUCUUCCCCAUCCCGGUCACCGUGAGGGCCCACCUCACCGGCUGGCUGAUGACCUUGAAGAAGACCUUCGUGCUGGCCCCCAGCUCUGUGCUACGUAUCAUCGUCCUCAUCACCAGCCUGGUGGUCCUGCCCUACCUGGGGGUUCACGGGGCCACCCUGGGUGUGGGCUCCCUCCUGGCAGGCUUUGUGGGAGAGUCCACCAUGGUGGCCAUAGCGGCGUGCUACGUCUACAGGAAGCAGAAAAAGAAGAUAGAGAACGAGUCGGCCGUGGAGGGGGAGGACUCAGCCAUGACGGACCUGCCCCCAGCGGAGGAAGUGGCGGACAUCGUGGAGAUGAGAGAGGAACAGGAAUGAGGGCCCCCGAGCAAUGGCCUAGGCCACGGCUGGUGGUGGGGGGUGGCGCAAGGGACUCCUGCAUCAUCCCCUGUCUCUCUCCCUCCCUCCCCCUCUACCUCUCCCCUCUAUUCUGUUUCCUUUGGGGCCUCUCAACCUUUCUGGUUUUGUUUUUGAUUUUUUUUCUUUUGGGGGGCUGGGAGGAAGGAGAUGAAAAAGCCUUGCUUCCAAGACUUUGGGGUACACUGGGGGUGCCCACCCCUCCCGGCGUGGGGGCCUUAGGACAGGUGUGCCCCUCUGCUUCCUGAACACAGACGAAACCCUGGGUGUGGCGCCCGCCUGUCUCCCGGCCCCCCACACCCCCUGGGCUGUCUCCUGCCCCCUUGGACAAUCUCCUCUUGGAACCAAAGGACUGUGGCUGUGCCCCCGGCCCCCAACACCUGUCUGGCCCCCAGACUCCACCCCGGAAAUCAGGGUCAGCAGGUGGCGCUGUUCAGUGGCUUCCUCGUUACAUGGAGGCUCAGAGGACUCGGGACCUCGUGGUCUUCUGCCCUGGGAUCAUGGGACUGUGCCCCCCUGCAUCUGUGGCCAAAAAAAAAAGAGGGUGGGGGAUUCAAGAAUGUACCCAGUGGAGGUGUGGACCCCCAACUCUGCAAGAACCCAAAGACUGUGAGAAUCCACAAGAAGGAAGAAUUCUCAAAGUUGAUGGCAUGUCAAAGUUGCUGGCCUUUGACGGUCACGCUUUGCUGGGUCCGACGGUCUAGGAGCUGGCUUUCCCCUCCUCAGCGGUCCCCUUUGUAUGUCCUGGUCCUGAGGCAUGACCUCCAACACCCGCUCUGGCCCCCCAAGGCUUGGUCUUCCCUCUCCCUUUGCUGAAGAUGGCACUAGGGCAAGUGAGAUGCAGGUUCUGACAUCACCUCCUAGUUUUGUCAGGGAGCCGAAGCUUUAAGUCAUAAUCUUGCCUUCUAAUUCCUGCCAGGUCUCCAGGGAGCCCCCAAGGUCCAUCCCCCCACCCCCACCUACCCCCCAGUCCUGAAGCACAUCUGCUCCCGCCACUCCCCUCGCCCCCACCAGAAGGCAAGACACCUUCUACAGGACGCCAGAGUUGAUCCCAAGUCGAUCCUGAGCUCCACCCCCAGGGCCAGUCUAUUUUUCUAAGUUUUUGGAAAGUGGGGUUAGUGGUUAUUUCUUUCUUCCUUUCAAAAACAGAUUACGGACACUACCCCAAAUUCUUGAUUUCAUCGGAAGUCCCGAGACUGAAAGAACCUGAACACACACACGCACACACACAAAGAUAUUUUGAGAGAUAUAAAUAUAUACUGUAUAUGUUCUGUAAUUUAUUUUAGGCUAUAAUACAUUUCCUAUUUUCGCAUUUUCAAUAAAAGGUCUCUAAU